AUGGAAACUAAACACGAUGAGAAGGACUACACUGAUUCCUCGGAAAUAUCUAAAAGAGAUAAAGCCUUGGAUAGGGAGAUAAAGCCAGAAAAGGUAAUGGUACCUUUUUUCGAUGGCGACACUCCAGAAUUUAACCCUUCCUUUAAAAACACUAAAGGUUAUCCAUCCCAGAGAUUUAAACCACAAAUUACUGAUAAUUAUCACCACAAGGGUCGUAGGUAUGCACCGAAGAAGAGUUUUAAGACCACCACUACCAAAGAGAUCGGAUUAAAUUCCGAACCAAUAACUGAGAAACCACCGAUUAAAUUUAAACAAUCGAGCCCAAUUCCCAAGGUGAAGGGCAAGACUGAUUUUAAUGAAUACUACGAAGAUAACUUAGGACAUAGGAUAUCCUACAUCGAUAAAUCUAACGUAGGAAACAUUCGUCCUAUCGACAAGCUGUACACUAAACAAGGAGAGAAAAUUUCCAGGAGUUCUGAGGAAGAUUCUGACAGCUCUAAGGACUUUUUGAAGAAUCUUGAAGCAGAUUUUAAGCCAAGCUUCAGCUAUUGUUUUGACAAUCCAAACAAUAAGAGCGAAUCUUUCGUUGACGCCCUGAUCAGGAAUAGCAACACUUUCGACGAUGUGGUUGUUGAGCAGCCAAACGAGAACAAGGACAGAUCUGGUGAAUUAAAGUCUGUUCUGAAGAAGAUGGGAUUUUUUGACAAAUCUCAAGGAGAUAAGGAUAUUCUUGAUCUGGAUGACAAUGAAAAUGGUAAUGGAAAGCAUUAUGUGUUUCCCAAAUACAUGUCCUCACCCGACCCUUCAAAUCUUCCAAUUCCCGGAUCACUUUGA